AGUCAACCUUUCUCACACAGCAGUUUUUCUCCGCGUCCAAAAUGUUUUCAGAAAAUUCCGCAUUUCUCAUGAGUAACGAUCUCCAACCAUCAAAGUCUGGUCUGAAAGCAGGGAACCAUGGCAUAAAUGGCCAGAUCUCCCAGAUCCCAGGACUGUCCCCAGUUGUCAGCUCUGUUAUUGAGGGGAAGGCCCGUGGGAGAAGGGGAGGAGUCCUAGACAGUGACUCUGACUAUGUCAAGCUUGCAAAACAAGGAGGACACAAAGGACUCCUGUGGCAUGAGGAAUCACUUACCUCUCAACGUAAUUCAUACAAACCUCCAAACUGGUUCUGCCCCUCACCAGAAGACAAUACCAUACCUAGCCUAAUUACCAGCGAAGAGAAGAAAAACCCCGGAGCAUUUCAACACAUGAAACCUCCUUUUGGGACUGACAAUAUGUCAACAUGGGAGAGGGAUGAUAGCUGCAAUGGCGAAGAGAAGAACAACAAUGUUCAUAACAACCAGAUGGAGAAUUUGCAGUCAUCCAUUGAACAUCAUGAGGCCAGCAAAUUCAAGAAGACAAUGUUUGACAAGAAACCGGCUCCUGUCGACAUGUCUAAGCUGUUAAGCUUUGGUUAUGUAGAUGACAACAAACCAACAGCCAACACUUGGGUGUCAAAUUAGAGGACUGCCAGUGUGUGGGACAAGGACGCAUCAAAUGAAAUGUCUCCAACAGGAUUAGUUGCCAUCUUCUUCUCCGACAACAAUUUAUUUUUACCGCGUCAUGCUGAGCCACAUCGAAUGUUACUUAGUUUUAAUUGUGUUGUCAUUUCAGAUGUGUUACUCAAGUGUGAAACUGCUUCAUUGAAUUAAAGCCAGGACCUUUUGUUGAUUGUGCCCGUUAGUGGUGCCCUGUUAACUGCAUAAGUAUGGAAGGUGCAAGUUAAG